AAGGGAAGCUCCAUCUUCGCCCAACUCCCAAAAAUCUCCACACUGACAAUGGCUUCUCAAACCAGUCCCAUUCUGUAUAUUCUGCUAUCUUAUUUCCUUUUCUCCGCUACAAUCCCACCUUCUUCUUCUUCUUCCUCUGCUUCUUCUUCUUUCUUCAUCCCCACAAACUACCACAGUUCAAUCUGUCACUCCACCCCUUCCCCUGCCCACUGCACCGAAGCAUCAAAGUUGACCAUCCCCCCAGGACUGACCACCCCUGUAACGAAGACCAUCCCCACCUUACCCAUCGACCCCGUCGUCCUGGUCCUGGUGAGGCAGAUUCUACAGCAGGCCUACACGGCGGCCGUCAAGCUCAACGCCACCAUUGCGACCUUAGAAUCCUCCGGCAUCGUGGAGACCCAGAAGGGCACUAUCCUCGACUGCAAGGAACUGCACCUGAUCACCCUCGACCUGCUGCAGUCCUGCAUCACUCUGACGUCGUCCCAGAAGUCCGACCAGCGGGUCGUCCGGAUCUACCUGAGCGCAGCCCUCGCCAACAAGGAGACGUGCCUGGAGGGGAUGCUCACCGCUUCCGGCCCAUUCAAGCUCGUCUUCAUAGCCGAUCUCGAGUCGCUCUACUUGAUCGUCAGAAAGGCGCUCUUCGUCCUAAGCACAGGAAAGGCGGUGACGGAGAACUGGAGGCGGAGGCUAAUGGGGAUCUCCGGUGGGUUCCCGGAGUGGCUGAGCCGGAAGGACAGGAGGCUGCUACAGAGCAGCGGGACGGGUGGGUAUGAUGCCAGUUCCAUUAUCACGGUUGCCAAGGACGGGAGCGGAAAUUUCACCACCGUCUCCGACGCAAUAGCGGCGGUUCCGAGCAAGAGCAACAGCAGGGUGGUGGUGUACGUCAAGGAGGGCAUCUACGACGAGAUCGUGGAGAUUCCAAGCAGCAAGCAGUUCGUGGCGUUGCUAGGCGACGGGAUGUGGCGGACGGUGAUAACGGGCAACCGUAGCGUCGGAGAUGGCUGGACAACGUACAGCUCGGCCACCUUAGCUGUGUCGGGCACCGGAUUCCUAGCUCGAGACCUGACGAUAAUAAACACCGCCGGCGCGGUUAAGCACCAGGCCGUCGCUCUUCGCGUGAACGCGGAUCUAUCGGCCAUCUUCAGGUGCAGUAUGGUGGGCUUUCAGGACACUCUUUACGUGCACUCGCUCAGGCAGUUUUACCGGGAAAGUGUGAUCGCCGGCACGGUAGAUUUCAUCUUCGGCGAUGCAGCUGUCGUGUUCCAGGUGUCGCAGCUCGUCUCCAGGAAGCCGAUGGAUGGACAGUUCAACACCAUCACUGCACAGGGUAGAAGCGACCCGAACGAGAACACGGGCAUUUCCAUAGACAACUGCACCAUCUUGCCCGACACAGAGCUGGCCGCCAGCCUCUCGAGUUUCAAGACCUACUUCGGUCGGCCAUGGCGGAACUAUUCGCGCACCGUUGUCAUGACUUCGUAUGUCGAGAGACAUGUCGAUCCUUCAGGCUGGACACCAUGGUCAGGGGACGACGGGUUGAGCACUCUUUACUAUGGCGAGUAUUCGAACAUCGGUCCGGGUGCAAACACGGACGGCCGAGUCACGUGGGCCGGCUUCCACACGAUGACGUACGAAGACGCGACCAACUUCACGGUCCCAAAUCUAAUUCUCGGCGACCAAUGGUUGGACUCCACCGCUGUUCCUUACGACACCGGCGUCUAAUACUUAAUAAGCAAAAAAAGAUCCCCCGGAUGGAUACGUUGCUUCAGUACAUGUUCUCUUUAUAUAUACAUAUUAUAGAUUAUAUAUAUGUAUCAUCGGUUAAUGGGUUCUGAGUCGGAUCAAAUUAAAGUUGGCAAUUUAUAAUAAACUCACGCGAAGGACCAUGGCUGGCUGCCGGCCGGAGAAGAGCCUUAAUCAAAUAAUGGAUGCAAGAACAUUAAGGCUUAGGAUAUGAAGUCUCUAGGUGUGGCUUUCUUGUGAUAUUUUCCCUUCAGAAGUUGUUUUGUUACUGUAAGCUGAAAGUAAAUUCGACAAAUGUAACCUAAUUUCAGUGAAGAUGGGAGUGGAUUUAUUUUUACUCUUCAGUAUGCAAAUAAAGCUUGCCCACAUUGUUCUUGUUA